AUGCCGGCGGUUACUCAAAAUGGUGGUUCAAACAAAACCCAAGGGUCAACAACGAUGUAUCAGAUUACUGCAACUCAUCAUGAUGGCGAGUUAACCGACCAAGAAUUAUUGAAUUUAGUGAAUUAUUUUGAAGUUAGCCGAGUUGAAUUAAAAAAUCGAGUUGAUUCAUUACUCUCUCAGCCGAUUCUUCAAGCGAAACCAAAUGAUUCACAGGGACCAAAAUUAUUCGAAGAUGAUUACAUUAAAAUUCAUGGUAAUAGUCUUAGUUUAAAACUUUAUUCUCAAGGCGAUCAAAUAACAUUGGCCACUGCUUCAACUCUUCGUCUGCUAGCCAAUAAUUCAACAAUUCAUUCGUUCAGUCAAAGUUGGCUUUCUGCCAAAUUUUCGUUUCGUGAUUAUACAAAUCCAUUAAAUUAUGGUCUUCUUGCUGAUCGAACUGGUGCUCGCGGCCUUAUUUUAUGUGUUCAAGGAUUUGUUCUUCGACAUUUGUUACUGAAAAAUGUUCUAUCCGGAAGUCAACAUCGAUCGAUUUCUGUCAGUGUUGAAGCACGAACCGAAGCACUUGUUGAUGCUCUUACUGAGAUGUUGUGGCAAGCGGGUGAAUAUCGAGGAGCAACAGUUUGUAUUCCAUAUUCUGGUGAUGCAUGUUUUACUAAUCAUGGUGAUCAUUAUGUACCUGAUCGAAUAACUGAACGAUUACAUAUGUUUGAAUUUGUUGAUUUGGGAAAACUUCGCUCAUUUAUUAUCAAAUGUUUACCAUAUUUUAUGAAAGAAAAUGGUGUUAUUCUAUUUCUCUAUAGUCUUAUGCUUUCACGUACAUUAAAAAAAUUAAUUGAAGAUCUUGAUCAUACACGUUUAGUAGGGGAACGUGAUGAAUCAACAAUUCAAAUGGUGACAUUGGCAUUAACUGGACGAGCUUUACAUUACUUCCACAAUGGUGUUAUUGACGUUGAUUCCGAUGGAAAUUUAAUGAAAAAACCUCAGCAUGGUGUAAAAAACCGGUCUCCAGUAGGAUUUCUCUAUUGGUCAAAACAUGAAGACGAUUCAUUUUGGCAUAAACAAGAAAUAGGCUCGAUGUUUCGUACACCGAAAGUACCUGUAUGGCUUAUCUGUUUAAAUCGUCGUUAUGCUAUUGUAUUUUCAAGCAAUAUUAAUCUUUUAAAUAAUUGGAUUUAUGAAAAUUACUUCCAAUUACAUUUAUAUAGUGGUUUAAAAAAACAAGAACAACCCUGCGUAGUUUCCAUUGAUACUCGACAACAGUAUCCUACAUCAAUAUAUGGAGAUUUCUUUGAAGACAAUGAUCAACAUGCACCGGACAUUAUUCAUUUAUUACAAUCACGAUGGCCGGGAUGUACGAUUGAUAAUGCUGAUGAGAUUUUACAUGAAUUAAUGACAAUUUUUUAA